AUGGAAAGGGUCUUUGCUGGGUUGCAGUGGGAGAUUCUGCUCAUGUACUUAGACGACAUCGUUGUCCAUGCCAAGACGGUGGGAGAGGAGGUCAACAGGUUGGAAGAAGUGUUUCGAGACAGUGCGGAUGCACUGUCUCGAAAGCCGUGCAAGCAAUGUGGCCGGGAAGAGGAAAGGAGUGGACCCCAAGAGGAACAGAAGGCAGAAGAAACAAGCGAUACAUCCAGUGAAGAGGAAGAAAGAAGUGAAUUACCAGAGGAGCUGACAGUGAAGAAAAUAAUCAGAGGGGAAGAAGAAAGGGUUGCCAGGACACUUACCUUGAAUCCCAAGUGGACGCUGCAGGAAAUGAGGGAUGGUCAGAUGGCAGAUCCUUCCACCACAUUGAUAAUGCAGGCAGUCGAGACUGGAGAACGACCAACUUGGGAAGCGAUCUCAGCAGAGCAAGCCGCUGUAAAGACAUACUGGGCGCAAUGGCAGCAAAUAAAAGUGCGUAGUUGUGUACUGUCUCGACGAUGGGAGUCAGUGGAUGGGAAGCUUGGCAGAUGGCAAAUAGUCUUACCAACCAGUUUUAGAGAUGACGUACUCAAAGAACUACACGACAGUAACACAGCAAGGCACCAGGGGGUCUACAAGACAUUGCAAAAGGUGGGAGAGCCCAUGGAUAGGAUCGCCAUGGAUGUGAUGGGGCCCCUCCCAAGAAGUAAGCGAGGGAACGCCUAUGUUCUUGUUAUUGGUGAUCCGUUCACCAAAUGGGUAGAGGCCUAUGCGCUCUCGAACCAACAUACAUCGACAAUAGCCCGGAUGGUGGUGGAAGAGUUCAUCUGCAGGUAUGGAUGCCCCAAAGAGCUUAACAGUGAUUGA